CGCCAGAGUCUUAAGGCGCGUGCGCGGGCAAGCCGCUGAUGGAAUCAGAACUAGGUCUGCCGUGGGCUUGGGUGGAUGUGAGACGGUAGCAAGCUUUCCGAAGCGGCUUUCAGCUGGAGCCCAGCGUUCCCCAGCCCGCGCCCAGUGGGCGACGCGCACCUGCCUUCCGUUGACCCCAGUUACGGGUCAGCCGGGCCCUGACGUAUCGCGGGACUCGCGGGAGCCCGACGGUUAUCUAGGGAGUGGCGCGGCGGCCGGAGUUGAGGGAUGGACGAGGACUUGGUGGUGGCGAUGCGGCUGCAGGAGGAGUGGGACAUGCUGGCGGCGCAGCGCGAGGCGGCGCGGGAGAGCCUGUCGUUGGUGGACGCGUCGUGGGAGCUGGUGGACCCCACCCCGGACCUGCAGGCACUCUUCUUGGAGUUUAACGACCGAUUUUUCUGGGGCCAGCUGGAGGCGGUGGAGGUGAAGUGGAGCAUGCGCAUGACCUCGUGCGCUGGAAUCUGCACCUAUGAGGGAAGAGGCGGAAUGUGCUCCAUCCGUCUCAGUGAACCACUUUUAAAACUGAGACCUAGGAAGGACCUUGUAGAGACUCUUUUGCAUGAGAUGAUACAUGCUUACUUGUUUGUGACUAAUAAUGACAAAGACAGGGAAGGACAUGGCCCAGAGUUCUGUAAGCACAUGUAUCGAAUCAACCACCUGACUGGUGCCAACAUAACGGUCUACCAUACUUUUCAUGAUGAGGUGGAUGAAUACCGGCGGCAUUGGUGGCGCUGUGAUGGGCCCUGCCAGCACAAGCAGCCCUACUACGGCUACGUCAAGCGUGCCACCAACAGGGCGCCCUCAGCUCAUGACUACUGGUGGGCUGCCCACCAGAAAACCUGCGGAGGCACUUACAUAAAAAUUAAGGAACCUGAGAACUACUCAAAGAAAGGCAGAGGAAAGACAAAACCAGAAAAGCAGCCAGUGUCAGCAGUGGAAGAUAAAGACAAGUUGUGCAGAGGAGAGACCCAGCCGCUUAUCCCUUUCAGUGGGAAAGGGUAUGUUCUUGGAGAGACACGCACUCCUCCAUCUGGGAAGUUGACCUCAUAUGCGGUUAGUGAAGUUCAAGGUCUUUUAAGUCAAAACCAUUCAACAAAUGGCCUGAGAUUCAAUUCCAUCAUUGAGGGGAAAUGUGAACAGAAUGGUUUCUCUAGUAAAAAUCCUCAUCUGGUCUCCCCUGUUCCCACUGCCAGUCACGAGACUGUUCUGAGCAACUAUUUCCCCAAAGUCUCUGUUGCCAACCAAAAGGCUUUCAGAAGUGUGAACGGAUCCCCAGUAAAGAGUGGGUCCACAGGGAAUGGCACCAAGCACUCACCCUCAUCUGGUUCUCAGAGAAAGGUUCUGCCUUCCAGGACAUCCCUGAAAAACACCUCCAAGGCCAUGGCCUCAGCAUCUGCCACUGUGGCAUCUGCCAAAGUGGCUGCCUCAACCAAGUUGCAGGAAGCGCAUGGGUCUGAAGACCAGUUCCCAAAUAAGCGACCCAGGCUGGAGGACAGGACUUCUUUGGAUAAUAUUAUCAAGGAGCAAACACGGAGUAGUGGCAGUAAUCUGCAGAAUUGCUCACACCCCUCAGGCACCAGCACAGCUCAGAGUUCCAGCAGCUCACUCGGUCAUCAACAGCUGGUCACCUGUCCAGUCUGUCAAAUUUUAGUUUUGGAGUCUCGAAUUAACAACCACUUGGACCACUGCCUGGAAGCUUCACAGAAUUUUAAAAUCUGAAUGUUUCAACAUGAAACCGUUGCUGUCUUUCUGGUUUUUGUGGCCCUGGGGCUGGAACCUAGGACCUCACAUGUCAGAAACCAACAGCCUAUAGUAGACACAUGGAAGAACUGAAACAGAUGUUUGUGAAGUAAACGUGAACACUCAGUCAUGGCAGCAUUAAACACAUGAUGCUGUCCCCACUGUGUAACAGGAGACAAAAAAGAGCAAAAGAUCAUUCCAGAAGAGCCCCAGGCUAAUGCACCUGUGCAUCUAGAACCCUGGGAUUCAGACAAUGGACACACAGCAUAUAAAGAACCAGCCAUGGCUUUCCCGGGAUCCACACACCAGAACAAUGAUGUCUUGGAAGUCUGGGGCAAGGCCUUCCAGUGUGGGCUUCUGUCCUGGGCUGAGCUGCAGGGAAGUGUAAGUGUAGAUCUAGGUGCAUCUACUCCCCCAUGCCUUGGUUGGAAGCACCAUAGGGACAUGGGUCUGACGAACAGGAGACCAAGUCCUGUGAGUGAAGAAAAAAGUCCCAAGUACUGGACUGUGGACAGAAAGGGCCACCAGCCCAGGCAAGCACAGGGCAUAGACAGGAGUCAAAACACUCAGCAAGAGCCGUUAGGCAGGGCAUGCUGUCCCAGGACUGGAAAGUACAGUGCUUGGGAGGCAGCAGUAGGAUUGCUGAGUGCGAGGCCAGCCUAGACAAUGACAAGGCUGUUUCAAAGCAUGGCUCAUAAGGUUCUCAGAACUAAUGAUUCAAUUUUUUUUAACACUACUGAAUUUAGCCAUCACGUACAUACUUCAAUACAAUUUCCCAAAUGCCGAUAGGCCAGAACAAACAUUAAACACCACACUAGAUUAUUUGUAUGUUUAUUUGGGGUUUUUGAGACAGGGUCUCCCUUGUAGCCCCAGCUAACCUAGAAUCAGAUACCAGCCUGCCUCUGCCUCCGGAGCACUGGGAUCAAAGGUAUGCACCAUUAGGCCUGGCUCACCUUAGAUUCCUAAAGAGAUAUACAACAUGCUAUUGCCGUGAUGUAAGAACUCUGGUGACUUUUCAUGCGAACACAAAGGUUCCUGUGCACACAGUUGCAUACUACUGGCCCUGCAAGUACAUGCUGUGCCCCUCCUGCAGCACGGGCGAGCCAGCGACACUCAGCAGCUAUGGGCUUUAAAAUGCCUUUCCCACUGAGGGAGCAAGAACUCCAGCACUGAGAAUCUAAGUGGAGCUAUAGGCCCGAGCCGGGUGAGGUCUCUGCACCAGCCGCACUCCUGCUGGCUGCUUUCUCGUCCCUCAUCAUUUGCAAAGGUGAUGCCACCUGGUCUGGAACAGACUAGGGCUGAAUUACAGAAAGGUAACUGACCACUGGGCCCAAAGGACAAUGUAUGGAAAUGGUCUAAAAACGAGACAGCUGGAGGUGACAACGGUAAUUUUUUCAAGAACAUUUAUACAUCUUUUUGAUUAGAUUAGCUUUACAAGCAACGUGAGCUUACUUUCAUAGGAAAUAAUCACUUUUUAAUCACACGACUUUAGUUUCUGUAUGGGAAUCCUGAAGUUCUCUGCCUUUCAUGGACAAAGGUUCAUGGUCCACAGCUGGUUGAUGUGUUGAAUAAAAACAGCAUUAUAAAACUUUCUCUUUAACCAGGAUUAACACAGAGGCCACAAAGUUUUAAAUUUUGUUUUACAUAGAGUCCUGCUUGGUGACAGGUUAAUUAAUGGUGCCACUAACAUGAAACCAAGAGCUUAAGGGAAUGGCUAUCCUGAUUAUCUUUUCACAAUGACCUCCAGGAAUGUACACAAACUUUCCCCCAAAAUACACAACUUAAAUCCUGCUGUCUGGCAAGCACACCCUGUCCCCCAGGCAGUGGAAUCUGGUACUUGGCACACCAGCAGAGGUCCAAUCUGAAGGACACCAGGGGCUCCCACAUUUAACAGUCGACUGUCCAUUAAAGAGACCUUCCACCAAUGCCGAAUGAUUUCCCCCAACUCAGAAAUAUAGCACUUCGGGGCAGUGGCCUGCUUCACCUCACUGCCCACACAACAUGGCGAAAGCCCCAUGCUGGCUGGCUGGCAGGCAGAGGCACUUGCUGGAGAGGUGUCAGUGGUUAUCGGUGUUGAAGGAGAGGGUGUGGGACAGAACGGAACUUCCUGCUGUGAGUCCCUCAAGAGAGCACAGUACUGAGUGACCCACAACCACACUAUCAGCUUUAUUUUUUUCAUGUUUUACAUGAAUAGCAAGCUUUUAAUAAAAAUUACUGAGCUUUCCAUAGAAAAGGUUUCUAACUGAAUACAAACUAUACAGGUGCUAAGACUGUUGUGAAAUAUACAGAGAUAUUUCUGUAUACACACAUUUUGGCAAAGAAGAUCAAGGAACACCUAAGGGGGGCUGAGGGGUCACACCCACAAUCGUGUGAAGUAUGGGCACUAUCCCAUUGGCUUUGCUAAGGAGGCCGGGCAGGUGGCAAGAGUCUGGGAGGCCUUGUGAUUGUGCUACCAUCCCUCUUUUCUCUAAAAAGAGAAAAAUCCAUCAGACUAUCUGGUUUUGCGCUUCUUUUGACUUUCUAAGCUCCACACACAUCUUUUAGUAUUGCUUGUGAAAGUGACUCACAGCUGUCCCAGGAGCCGAAGACAGGCUACAACCACAUAGGUUCCAGUCCUGGGGCCACCAGGUGAUCUCCUACAGAGCAAGGCUCUGGUCUGGGAGGAGGUGGAACAGCAUGUCUGAAAGUGCAGUCAGUCUGAGGAGGGGCCACACGGGAGCUGUGGCAGGGGGACGUGAUGGUUACAGAAUAGACCUGAAGCUGAAGAAAGCCCUUUGUCUUGGGAACCAGAGGCUGAGGACAACCUCAAGUCCAUUUAGUGCCAGUCAGUUAAAAAAUUAAACCUUACUUCCUGAGGCUGUUUCCUCUCAUAAAGCAUGAGCUAAAAGUUACUUGGUAGUCAGUGGCCACUGUCUACUGUUAGGUUCCUUAUCAACAAGGUGACGGUAGCAAUCUUUACAAGUUCAAAUUAGUAUGAGACAGGCCAAGAAAUCACUGUGAACUUCAGCUGGAAACAUAAAGCCCCUUUUUUCAGCCAAAAGUAACGAACCAUCAGCAAUUGGUGACAAUCAUCGUAGGUCUUUAGGGCAAAAUUUAAUAGCAUGAA